AAAAAAUGAGGUAUACUGGUCUCAUGCAACAGCCAACUUUAUUCAGAGCAUCAGACAAUUUAUACUCUGAGGGUUAAGAAUCACCUGGGGGGUGUGCAUACCUUUAAUCUCAGCAUUUAGGAGGCAGAGACAGGUGGAUCUCUGUGAGUUUAAGGCCAGCCUGGUCUACAGAGUGAGUUAUAGGAUAGCUAGAACUGUUACACAGAGAAACCAUGUUCUGAAAAACAAAAGGGGGGUUGGAAAUCACAUGACUAAAGUUUACAAUCACAAGAACAACAUGGCCAAACCAUGUUUUUCUACAGAGGCAUGUAAACAAAUAACAAUAGCCAGUUGUAAUGGAUAAUUUGAAGUAAACUCACUCCUACCACUACACCUGGGAGGGGCCCGGAAGCACAUUCCGAGAACGUGUUAUUUGAAGAAACUGAGGUGUUUUCUCACAGGCACCAAGAAUUCUCCCUCACACUAUUCCAUUCUUGGGUUGUUUUCUGACGUUAAGUGAUCCUAUAAAAUGGGCCUCCUGGCAAUGUAGGCAUUGCAGUGCAAACCUGGGUGAUUCCAGAUCAGAAUGUUAGUGUUGUGUUCACUUAGUAAGACUGAGUGCUUUCACUGAGUUGUGGUCUUCCUUUUCUCACUGGGUAGCCCAGGCUAGCCUUGAACUUGCUAUUCUCUUCCUAUCAAGUGUUGGGAUUACAGGUUCGUGCAAUCACCCUCAACUCAUUUGACUUAACUUUGAGCAACAUGGGACCUCCAUAGUAGGACCUCCACAGUGGAACCUCCAUAAUGGGAAAGAUCCUGAUGUUUAGGGCUGACAGAAAAAGGAAGAACAGCCCCAGGUGAUGAAUUUAGCAGGCAUCCUCAGCCCCCACGAGUGGUGAAAGGAUGGAUUUCUGUUCAUUCCUGCUGGAAGGAGCAUCAGCAUGGGGUGGGGUGGUGUGACCAGGCAAGUGCAAGGAGGAAGGCUGGGAAUUUCCUUUGUCUUUGCAAAAUCCUUCAUUAAACAGAGUUGAUUGCAUGAGCACUGGGUGGUGGUUGGCAUCAUUUACUGGAAUCUGGACAAUUUAUCAGUGGCCACAUCACUGACAAACGGCGCCCUCUCUCCCAUUGCCAUUAACUGCCAAUGGUCUGUCAGGGAAGCCGAGGGCCUCAUGAGCCCCAUUUUGCAGUUUGCCAUAGCUGAUGUGAUGUGAUGAGUAGGAGCCAUGUCUUGUGCCUCUGUGCACCCUUCCCAUCCUGUGGAUUUUACGUGCUUCUCGCCUCCUCCUUUAUUACGUUCUCUGACUUUUUGGAAGGUAGCAUGACUGUGACACAUACUCAUUUCCCAAAGCCACAAAAGUAGUCCCUCCUAGGAUCAUAGCCUUCCCAGCGAUGGGCACCUAAUCAGGUGCACACACAGUGAGAGGCAUGAGUCCCACUGUGUGAAGCAGGCCUCCAGUCUAAUGAGAAAGUGGUUGGUUACAUCUCUAACAGUCUCGCCACUAUUGCACCUGCAUUGGGGUGUUCUUAGAAAAGACCAUUCCAUGAAAUGUGUAGAAAGAAGGUGGAGAGAAAGGAUGGAAAAUGCUGGCAGCUGUCAUGGUCACCAGCUUGAGUGGGGGACAAUGAGAGGGAAGAGGAGGACAGAGAAAGUGCGGGUGCCUCCCAGUGAGGACAAGAAAUACAGCUUGGUCUCAUCAUGCCUUUACAGGGUGUGAGGCAUCACAGCCACUAUCAUUGUCAUAAAGAAGCUGUCUGAAGUACUGUUGUCGCACGGAGGUUCUAGAACCCCAGAUGCAUAGGGGAAGAAGGACAGGACUCAUGUCAGUGCAAGGGAGCUCAUGAGAAAAACAUGGUUGGGAUUCUGCUGAGAAGCCUCCCAACCUCCAUUCACUCUACAAUGUGUGUGACUGUCCCUUUCUCUCCCACUGUUGUGGGACUGACUUCAAGUAGGGCGAUGUGAACCAUGUUUGUUCACCUUAGAAGGAGGGUACACAAAGCAGACCAGAGAAAUGAUUCCAUGGAGUCUACCUUGGCAGCCAUAGGUGACACUACAGUCCAGGACAUCCAGUAUUCUCCAGAUACCCGAAAACUCCUGGUCCGGCUCAGCGAUUCUUAUGACAGGUCCUUUCUAGAGAGCCUGAAGGUGAACACAGAGCCUCUGCCUGGAAUUGAGAAGACAGGAAAGGUGAAAGGCCUCAUCCUCACUGUCAAAGGAGAGUCUGGGGGGCAGACGACCCCAUAUGACUUCUACUCCAGAUACUUUGCGCCUUGGGUUGGUGUACCUGAAGACCCGGUAACAGGAUCUGCACACACCGUUCUCAGCAGUUACUGGUCCCAGCAGCUCGGGAAGAAAGAGAUGCGAGCCUUUCAGUGUUCCUGCCGAGGAGGGGAGCUGGACAUUUCCCUGCGACCUGAUGGGCGGGUUGACAUGAAGGGCGGAGCCGCUGUUGUCUUGGAGGGCAUGCUGACAGCCUAGAGAUGCUUAUGCUGGGCUUGCAGCUCAACUCUUCUCUACAGCCAAGAACCCAACCCAACCCAACCAAACAGCACCAAGUGGUGCCCUCAGUCCUCUCGUGAAGACCAGAGAAGGGAAGACAUUUGAUGGAGGUGCUGAAUCCUCUCCUGAUUCUCCAGAAUCCUCUCCUGGUGGUGGGCUCCGGGCUCUGCCUGUGUAUGCAUCUUCAGUCCCUAUAGCAGACACGGAUGCUGUCCCUUCUUUUGAUUAUGACUGCCAAAGCAAGAGAUGCAUUGAUAAGGAGCCAGAUGAAGCCAUUUCAAUCCCAGUUGGGUACCUUAGGGUAUUUCACAGCCUUGUAGAAGAAUAAAUAGCUGUGUAGACCUGU